AUGGAGAACCUCAAUCAAACCAUUGUCAGGAAGUUCAUCCUUCUUGGACUUUCCACCAUUCCUCACCUGCAGGCUUUCAGCUUCCUCCUGUUCUUGCUGAUGUAUGUUUUCACUCUGUCUGGAAACCUACUACUGAUCACAGUGGUAAGAAUAAACACUCAGCUCCAGACCCCGAUGUACUUCUUCCUUACUAAUCUUUCUUUCAUUGAUAUCUGCUUCUCCUCCGCCAUAGUGCCGAACAUACUCAAAAACACAAUAUCCAAUGACAAGAGUAUUUCCUUUGUAGGGUGCGCGACUCAGAUGUGCUUCAAUCUCGGUCUGGGUGCAACAGAGUCUGUAAUACUGGCUGUAAUGGCCUUUGAUAGAUAUGCGGCAAUCUGUAAGCCUUUACAAUACAAUACUAUCAUGGACAAAAAGCUCUGUGUCCGUCUAACUGCUGGAUCCUGGUCUGUCAGCUUUUUGAACUCCGUUAUUCACACGGCCGUCACUUUCCUACUACCCUUUUGCAAGUCCAACAACCUCAACCACUUUUUCUGCGAGAUGCCGCCGCUCCUACGACUGUCCUGUCGAGAUACUACAUCUAAUGAAAUAGCAAUGUAUAUAUCAUGUGGAUUACUGGGUCUUUCUUCGUUCUUGUUGACCCUGAUGUCCUACGUCCACAUUAUCUCCAACAUUCUGAAGAUCCGCUCCAACACAGGAAGACACAAGGCCUUUUCCACUUGUGCCUCUCACCUCACUGUGGUUUCUCUCUACUAUGUAACUAUUAUGGUCAUCUACAUGCGCCCACGCUCUACUUACUCUCCGAAUCGAGAGAGGGUACUGUCCAUCCUCUACACAGUUGUGGCCCCCAUGUUAAAUCCCAUCAUUUACAGCAUUAGAAAUAAAGAAGUAAAAGGAACUUUGCGAAAAAACAAACAGCUUUGA